AUGACAGAGGUAAAGAGAACGGGGCUGGUCUUCAUCUGUUUGUUACUGAUUCGAGGUCUUGUUGCAGAAUUGAACUGCAGCAGCCCGACACCUGAGGGCUUGCUUGAAGCACUUGAGAAAGAAUUAUUUCCCAGAAAGCUGCUGCGACCUGUAAAAGGAUUUUCAGAAACACUUGAAGUAACCAUCGACAUAACGCUGGUGGGGAUUUUAGAUGUGAAUGAAAAAGCCCAGUCCCUGACAAUAUUCCUAUGGCAAACCCUGGAGUGGAAAAUAGCAGGGCUAAGCUGGGAUGUGGAAAAAUGUGGAACUAAAAGGGUCUCUAUUCCACGUGAAAACCUCUGGGUCCCUGAUAUCCUCAUCACAGAGUUCAUGGAUGAAGACGUCUCUCCCCAAACAUCCUACGUCUACUUGUCCAACACAGGUCACGUUCAUGACGAUAAGCCAGUCAGAGUUGUCAGCUCCUGCCGAUUAGUCAUCUACACUUUCCCCUUUGAUAUUCAAAACUGCUCCUUGACUUUUCAACCCUACCUGCACUUUGCUGAAGACAUAAAGGUGACGGCAGAACGUUCAGCUGCAGAUAUCCUGGAGGAGUCUAAAAGAGUGUUGAAGACAAAAGGGGAGUGGGAGCUUGUCGAUAUCAAAUCAGGAUCCAGUACCCUGGAGAUAACUGAAGGAGGCUUUUCUGAGAUCAAAUUCUUUAUCAUCCUAAGACGCAGACCGAUCCUCUACGUGGUCAAUCUCCUGAUCCCAAGCAGCUUCCUUAUCACAGUGGAUGUCUUCAGCUUUUUCCUGCCUCCUCAUAGUGUUGACCGUGGCGCCUUCAAGAUGACCCUCAUCCUGGGCUACACAGUUUUCUUGCUAAUCAUGAACGACCUGCUGCCUGUCACAGGAGAAACUACCCCUCUCAUCAAUGUUUUAUUCUCCCUCAGCCUUGCUUUGAUGGUGGCCAGCUUGUUGGAGACUAUCUUAAUCACAAAUCUGCAGUUCAGCUCAACACAGUACAGCGCAGUGCCCAGGUGGCUCAGCAUACUCGUGUUGCAGUAUCUAGCAAGGAUUGUUUGUGUCCCUCCAAAGAAGAAAAGCAACAGAGUCACUGUUUCUCUACACCCACCUAAUAAAGUAAUAGAUUCAAGCACCCUCUCUGCCAGUGACCUUCAGUUAGAGGUGGAGAAACCACCUCCAGACCCUGCUCUGGAUGAGCUGAGGAAGCUAAGCAGAGAUCUCACGGCCAUCAGAGUCCAGGUCGACAAACAGGUCGAGGGGAGUAGCUCUUCACAGGAAUGGCUAAUGAUCGGGAUCGUCAUUGAUCGUCUGCUGUUUGGCUUGUACAUUGUCUUUAUCUCAGCAAGCUUUGCUAGUAUCAUAUCGAUCUGGAUCUGGAAUAAUGCCUAA